ACCAACUUUUCACCAAACACAUUCAAACCAACUUUUCACCAGACACAUUCAACCCAACUUUUCAUCAGCCCUAUUCAAACUUACUUUUCAUCAGACACAUUCAAACCAACUUUUCACCAGACACAUUCAAACCAACUUUUCACCAGACACAUUCAACCCAACUUUUCAUCAGCCCCAUUCAAACUUACUUUUCAUCAGACACAUUCAAACCAACUUUUCAUCAGACACAUUCAAACCAACUUUACACCAGACACAUUCAAACCAACUUUUCAUCAGCCCAUUCAAACUUACUUUUCAUCAGACACAUUCAAACCAACUUUUCACCAGACACAUUCAACCCAACUUUUCACCAAAGACAUUCAACCCAACUUUUCACCGGACACAUUCAAACCAACUUUUCACCAGACACAUUCAAACCAACUUUCACCAGACACAUUCAAACCAAGUUUUCACCAGACACAUUCAAACCAAGUUUUCACCAGACACAUUCAAACCAACUUUUCAUCAGACUCAUUCAAACAUACCUCUCAUUAGACUCAUUUGAACUAAGUCGGCUAUCAUUUUGAUGCUUAAUGGGGAUUUUAUACAUGUUAUUAGAGACAAUAUAAAGCAUUUACAAUAUUUUCAGCUGUAAAGAUCCCAAAAUGCUGUACCCUACUAGUCAAUUCAUCUGAUUUUUGUAAAAAAAAAAUAAUUGGCUAAAAGACAAAAGCGCCAUGACAAAUAUUGCAUAACAGAAUAAUGAAUUAAACCGUGCAAUGACAAGUAUAGAUUGAACAAUGUAAUGGCAAAAACAAAACAAAAAUGGAUCGAACAAUAUUACAUAAUUGUUUUAUUUCAACAGAUUUGAACCAACAAUUGAUUUAUGAGAUGAAAUAGAGAUCGGAGACUAGUAAACAUGGCUACAGCAGCGCCAACAGACAACCGAGUUUACCUUUACCGCUUACUAACACUUAAUAUAGAUUACGGCACUGCAAUCGUUAGAAAUGUAAUUGACGAUAAAUGCUCAAAUACUGCACUUACGACCGUUUUGACUCGAGAGAAAAGAGCAAUAAACAACCUAAGGGCAAACAAAGCGAUAACGAAGGUCCAGUUUGAUUUGUUGUAUCCACAGAGUGGCAUCCCUCCUACAACGUCAGACUUCGAUCUUACUCUUGGUCUGUGCCUGCUAAGGAAUCUUAAACAUUUUGGUUUAAAUCCAAAGUAUACAUGGAAUAUUACCCCUCAGCCAGGAGAUACUUCACUUGAAGCAGAUCUAUGCCGCUUGCGCAUGUAUCGCAAUGAAUUGGCGCAUAUAUCCUCGACAGACGGAAUUCAAGAGACAGAUUUCAUAGCCAAAUGGGCUGAAACCGAAGGGGUUCUGCACAGACUGAACGGCUUAGUUCAAAGGCCUAUUCAGAAUCUAAAACAACUCAUUGAUGAUUGCAAAACUGAUCCGCUUGAUCCUGAAGCAGAAAAAAAAAUAGAAAAGCAAAUCGAAAAGAUGCGAAAAGAAGAAGAAAAAUUAGAAUUUGAAAUGCAGAAUAUAAAGAAAGGGAUUGCCGACGUAACAAAAGAAGUUACCGAAGUGGAAGGAGAUGUUCACACAGUAACGAAAGAUCUUCACAAAUUAAGAGAAGAUUUCAAAGCAACGAUCAACAGAGUUGAUAGGCUUGAAAAGCAAAGGAUAUUAGAAGGAACCCAAAAACGAGGGAAGAAACCAAGUGUACUUAAAAGAAUACUUGAAAAGUUACCUUCCAUGCGAGGACAAAAGAAAGAAGAAACAGAGACAAGCAGGUUGCACUCUGCUGCAGAUGACGAGUAUAUUCAUAUGAAAAAACAACUGAAGGACGAUUUGAUAGAUCUCUACAGGGAAAGGCACCAUACCCUACCGAUGUCACCUUUAAUGGAAGAAAAUGACACGCCUCUCCUUAAGUUUUACGUCAUGCCAGACAUAGAGUCAGUGGAAAUUCAGAGGGCGCGUGGAGGUGGCAAAGAAAUUAGAUCAAAGGUUACGUCAUUGCAUGAUGUUUUCUACAAGGAAAAAGAACCAUGUCGCAAAAUUUACCUUGCUGCGGAUGCUGGGUUUGGGAAAACAGCAUUAAGUAAACGGCUCGUUUUAACGUGGUGUCAAGCAAAAAACUGUAUCCCAAACGAAGAUGAACAUUUUAAGAAGAAAGACAUUAGUACAAUGUCGAAUUUUGACUUUGUGUUUUUGUUGUCUUUACGUGAUUGUUCCGAAGAAUGGGACAUUGAUGAGAUGAUCAAAAAACAAAUAACUAAUGAUCUAGCACACAUUAUUUCAACUAGUGAUUUUGAAAAAAUUCUUUCUAAGGAAAGGUGCCUGAUAAUAUUGGAUGGAUUGGACGAAUUCACACACGCAAAAAGUGACAUUCCACACAGGAAAACUAGGAGGAAAUGUACAAUUCUCACAACAACUAGACCGUGGAAAUUGGGCGUUAGUAAGAUACGUGCAAGUGAAAUAGAACGAAAGUUGGAACUUGUCGGACUUAGUAAAACGUCUGCUAGAAGAUUAAAAAGGACUGUGAUCUCACUGUUAUGUGGUAAAACUGACAUAGAAAAACAUAUUCAAGAGUUUGAUCGUGCUAUCAGUGAUAGGGGUAUUUCGGAUUUGGAAACUAUUCCGCUCUUACUGAUGUAUAUUUUGUGUUUAUGGUGUGAUGGAAUAGAGCUAGGAGCAUCUAGAACUGAGUUAUAUUGUCAGACUGUUGAACUGCUCCUUAAACGAACGUUUGAAAAAUAUCCCGACAUGCAACAGUCGCGCAAACAGUCCCAGAGUGAUAUCCCACAAUGCUUCGGUGAACAUGAACAUUGUAAGAAACACUACACAUUUCUGCAAGCUUUAGGACAAUUAGCAUUUGAAAUGUUAUUCAGUGAUAACAAAGAAAAAACCCUUGUGUUUAGCCAGUCAAUGACAGAGAAAAAACUAACCCCAGAGUAUUUGAAAUUAAGUCUUAACUCGGGAAUAUUAACACAAAGUACAGAAAAGACACUAACAAAACAAAUCUCGAAAUUUUCGUUUUCGCACAAAACAGUGCACGAAUUUUUUUGUGCACUGUACAUUAGCUGUCAAAAUGAAAGUGAUGUCAAAAACAUUGUUAUAAACAAAUGCAAAAGUUUGCAGAGUAUUCUGGACAUGUCAACAGUGCUUGUUUUCAUCAGCGGAAUGAAUACAGAAAUCAUUUCGUCAGUAUCACAGGAAUUUCUUUCUGUUAUCAGCGAAGAUAAGAUAACGAGCGAAUACAGAUCCACGACUGACGAAUACUGUAAACCUCUGCAUGACAUACAAGACAUGUACAUUUCUUGUAUGAAAGAAAACUCGAGCGAUAAGGAACUCAAACUUUUCUGUCAAGAUUUUUUCUUUAGUGAAGAUUGUAAAGAAGAAAAAUACUUUUCAUAUUUAGCACGGCUCGCGGUGCACAAUAAAAAUAACAUGGCGUCAAUAAAUAUCAACACUGACGACAGUGAUCGUAGUUUACGUGAAAUUAUUGAUUGUUGUGAAUUGCACGAACUGUUCCAGAUCAAUAAAAUAUCCUACUGCGGUAAAGAAGAAAACGCACAGCUUCCUGUACUGUUGGACAAGUCGCCGAAAUGUGUCACUGUUGGAUCGUCUGGUCUACUUGGUUCUUGGAGCCGUGAAAUGUUGGAAACAUUACAGAAUAAUUCUCUGUUACAAGCAAUUUAUAUCUCGGUAAUCGUUUCAAGAUGAGCCACGAUGUACUGAAUGACUUUCUGAAUUAUAUUAUAAACAGAAAAACAAUGACGGAGAUUAGAUUGUGGGACUUAUACUGUACCGAGCACGAGCGUUCGUGUACUUUCAGUUUAGAUUUUAGUCAGCAUUCAGAUCUAAGGGAGUUAGUAUUGUGGG